ACUGGUCCGGUCGCAUGUUGGAUUUGUUUAUAAUUUUUGGCAAUGCAGUUUCACUUUAAAAUCGCGGACGCUGAAAGGGAUCGGGACAAUGCGGCGGCGAGCAGCAAUGUUGGCGUCAAUCCGCACGCCGCCCUGCUGCCCCAACAACCGGCUGCGGUGGUGGAGCCCAGCACGGAUGCACAGCACGAGAUCAGACUGCAGAAUAUUGUGGCCACCUUCUCGGUGAACUGUGAACUGGACCUCAAGGCAAUCAACUCGCGGACUAGGAACUCGGAAUACUCGCCCAAACGCUUUCGCGGCGUCAUUAUGCGAAUGCACUCGCCCAGGUGCACGGCCCUUAUAUUCAGGACGGGCAAGAUCAUCUGCACAGGUGCCCGCAACGAGAUCGAGGCGGACAUUGGCUCCCGGAAGUUUGCACGCAUCCUGCAAAAACUGGGAUUCCCCGUCAAGUUCAUGGAGUACAAACUGCAAAACAUUGUGGCCACCGUAGACUUGCGAUUCCCCAUCCGCCUGGAGAACCUCAAUCAGGUGCACGGCCAGUUCAGUUCAUACGAGCCGGAGAUGUUCCCCGGCCUCAUCUACCGCAUGGUCAAGCCGCGCAUUGUUCUCCUGAUCUUCGUCAAUGGCAAGGUGGUUUUCACGGGCGCCAAGUCGCGCAAGGAUAUCAUGGACUGCCUGGAGGCAAUAUCACCAAUCCUACUCAGCUUUCGAAAGACGUAGUAGGAUCUCCGCAUACCAACUCUAUUUUUAGUUAGCGUAGUUUACCUAUAUAAGAAUGAUUUUUAUUUAGAGCUUAUAUUAUUUUGUUAAAAAUGUAAUUCUGAAUUAGUAUUUUUUUAGAAGAGCAGCUUUAAUUAAGAAAUCAUAAGCAUAAACAUAUUUAAUUUGUUCUAUUUUAUACGUAAACGCUCACUUUGGUCUUGUUAUUGGAAUUACUCGUUUGUCAUUUAAAAUAAGACUAUUUCCGACUAGAUCCGAUAUUGUUUUAUAACAGUUAAAAUAUAGCUUUUCUAUUUCAACUCAAGCAAAUUAUUUGUUAUAUAAAAUUUAUAAGAGUUGGAGAGAACCUCAAAAAACUUUUUAAAUACAGCAUAACUUUAUCAAUUUA